UGCUCAUAUUUCCGGACAACAUUGCAAACAGAACCUGGGAAACAUAUUGGAACGAGCUAUGGACGAACGAUAUACGCCCUAUGAUGGCGGUUGCUUACAAGACAUGGUUCCAUCUGAUGUCCAUGGUCGUACGCGGUGUCUUCAACUUCCUCCACACACACACUCUUUGCUGUACCUGAUCAUCACCGUAGUGAUGGCCUGGCUGUUUCCCGGACCGAUUUGGAAUCUUCUGAAGUACUCCGCAGUGGGUGCUGUCGGUCAUCUUAUUCUUGGACUGGGUUCCUUGCGAUGGUUUGAGCAAUAUCGCAAUGAGAUCCUUCCGUUGAUCAAGCUUCUUGGAUACGAGUUCACGGUGCGCAACGCAGAUGACUGCACUAAACAGGCUAAUUGAAGGCCCAAAAAGGUUGAAAUAAGGGUACCACAGUGAAUUGACCUAUAGGGAGCGAUGUACCAACCGACGACGCCGUGCACAUCAUCUUAAAGAGACGAACAUCGAUGAGUAGCUGUGUGAUGCCCCAACUAGAAAUUGAGUUAAAGUGUCGCUGUAAACGUGGAUCGUCCCGCCCUCUUGAGGCUUUGGGAUGGCCAAG